AACUGCCCACUAUCAGUAGUGGCUUUUUCUCCACUCUUCAACUUCCCAAACAAAUCGUUGCAUCAACCCCCUAAAUUCAAAUUCAUCCUCAUCUAUUUCAUCCAACAACUCUCUCUCUAGUUUCCACAGUUUAAAACAAUGGCAAUUGAAAAUAUCUAUGAAGAAAGAGCUGAGAAAAUGAUUUCCCACAAAGACGGGAAAUCCACAUUCAGAAUUGCCAGAUUCCUCAAACCAUGCACCAAACAUCUCAAAAAUGCUGUCCCAAUCCCAAACACCCCUCUGUUAUCUGACAUUUUCCCUCACAAUCUCCAGCAAUGGCCUUCCGAGGUCCAGUUCCGAGGCUGGAAACUUCCCCACAGAAAAUGGAAAGAAUGGGUCGAACGAUUAGCCCGAAAACACUCCAAAACAUGGAAAAAGGCCGGUAUCUGUGACGCCAUCCUUAGUUCUUUGUACGAGGUUCGUCGCGACAAAGAUUUGGUAUUGGGAUUGUCUGAAUUUUGGUGUCCCGAGAUCAACACAUUUGUCUUUCCAUGGGGUGAAGCGACGAUCACCCUCGAAGACAUCAUGGUUCUUGGUGGGUAUUCGGUUCUGGGAAAGCCCGUGACAAGCCCGCUUCCCAAGGACUUGUUGAGAGUCGAGCACGAGUUGAGAUGCCUCCAAAUGGAGAUGUCUAGAAGGAUAAAGCAAUGUAUGGAAAACACGGGUGAGUCUGAGUUUAAGUCUGAGCAUGUUGCUUUUUUAACAUAUUGGUUAUCUAGACAUGUGUUCCCUUCUAUUUCUGAAAAGACUAUUGGAAAGCACAUCUUUCCUAUAGCAGCACAUUUGUCUGUAGGGGCAAGAAUCGCUCUUGCCCCUGCAGUACUUUCGAGUCUGUAUCGAGACUUGAGAUUGCUGCACGAACAAGCGAUCACUAGUUCACAACGUAUUGUAGUUUUCGCGCCAUUUCAAUUGGUGCAGCUUUGGGCAUUGGAGCGGUUCCCACUUUUGGGACCGAAAACCCCAAACUCAUUAGAACUCGGCCAGCCUAGAGCCGCCAGGUGGCACAAACUAAACUCAAAAAUAAAUCUGCCACUUGUCAGAUCGGCUCUUAGGCUGCCGGAAAAUUUCCUUUGGCGGCCUUAUGCUAGUGAUUUGAAAAAUUGGCGCCAUUUAUCAUACUACAAAGAAACCGAACAAUUUGUAUCUGAUCGUUCGUGUUUUGAUGAUGAAAUAAAAUCUUACAUUCGAUCAACACUGUCAUCUAAUAUGGUUGGAAUAGGUUGUGUAGAGAAGUAUUCGCCACGCCGCGUAGCGAUGCAGUUUGGAAUGGAUCAAGAUCUUCCUACUGCUGAUCAUUUGGGUUCAAAGACUGGGUUGAAACAUGUCGGUUUCUUUGUCCAAUCAAGAUUCUUUGAGCCCAGUGUGUCGGUUAGGUACUUGAAAUGGUGGGAUGAUUUCAUGUUUGCUCGAAAACGAGCAAUUAGGGAUGCCUCAAUGCAGAAAGCAAAAAUGAUGAUGAAAAAAGCUUCAUCAUCGUCAGUCCAACCAAAAAUGAAUGAGAAAAACUGUCAUUAUUCCAGGACACAGAUAAUUAGAGAUUGGACCGAUGACGAAGCUGAUUUACCGUCCAAAAUAUCAUCAAAAAUUGAGACUAAAAACAGUGAGGGUGAUUUUCAUGCUUCAAAUGCUUCAAACACGCCCAAGAUUUCCAAUAAAAUUUCAAAAGUUUCAAAAGAAAUUGCCAAUGAAGAGAAAAACUUGCAGCCAUAUCAAGGUUCAAGUAUUGAAAAGAUUCAUCAAGAUUCUGGUGUUUCUUCAAAGACACAGAUAAUUAGAGAUUGGACCGAUGAAGGAGCUGAUUUACGGUCUAAAAGAUCAUCGAAAAUCAAGACCAGAAACAGAAAGGGUGAUUUCCAUGCUUCAAAUGCAUCAAGUACUCCCAAAAUUCCCAAGAAAAUUUCAAAAUUUUCAAAAGAAAUUGUCAACGAAGAAAACAACUUGCAGCGAUAUCAAGGUUCAAGUAUUGGAAAGAUUUACCAAGAUUCCAGUGUUUGGAAAAGGACAAGAAGUUCGCGGAAAGGUAAUGUUGUUCCUUCUUCUUCUACUAUGAAUAGAAAGCGAAAGUUGUCUUCGAAAGAAGAAGGGAAUUUAAAGAAGAAAGGCUCCAUUGAUAUCGUUAACCACUUUGAUGAAGAAUUGGAUUUUGUGUUGCUGAGAGAGAUGAUGAAACAGAACAAGAGCAAAGAAGAAUCAGUUAAAGUAGUUGCUGUUAGAGAGUCUUAUGAUAAUCCUGUGAAUGUUGAUGAUUGGAAGAUGGAGAUUAGUGCAACUCAAUUUCAAGAACUUGAAUUGUCUAUAGAAGGAAGGUUUCAGAGGAUAGAGAAGAGGUUGGGGAUAAAUCCCACUUCGAUGCGUUGA